UUCUUAGGUCAUCCUCGUUCUCUUUCCCCUUUCUAAUCAGAUUUAUAUCAGUCUUUAACUGGUCUUGGGAGGAAAAGCGGGCCUAGGGUUUUCGCUGAGAUGGGUCGGCUCUUUCUGGUGACUCUUGAAGGAAAGGUUUACAGCUGCAAGCACUGCCAGGCUCAUCUCGCCCUUUGCGACGACAUCGUCUCAAAAUCCUUUCAUUGCAGGCAUGGGAAAGCCUACCUCUUCAACAAGGUUGUCAAUAUAACUAUGGGGCAGAAGGAGGAACGGUUGAUGAUGACCGGCAUGCAUACUGUUUCUGACAUCUUUUGUGUUCGUUGUGGUUCCAUAGUGGGUUGGAAAUAUGAAGCUGCCUAUGAGAAGAACCAAAAGUACAAAGAAGGAAAGUUUAUUCUUGAAAGGUAUAUGGUAUCGGGUCCAGACGGAGGCCAGUAUUUGACGAACCUUGAAUCUCAGGUCAGCGGAAGCGAUGCGGAUGAUACAUAAUGCAUAAUGCGUAACGUUGAUUAGUGAUUUAAUGUCUGUAGUCUUCUCACUUUUAUUUUGAAUCUUAAUUAUGGUUUAUGGAUAUUGUUUUUAGCUCUUAAGAAGAAGCUAAGCAUACCAUUACUGCAUGUGUUAAUGCACAUCUAAUGUUGCUGUAUAUAUAUGUUGGUUUAUAUGAA